ACGAAGAUGCAUUAUAUGCUGUUACUAUCUGGAUUAUUGCUGAUUUCGAUAAGCCAGCUGGGAGACAACUGCUUUCUAAUGCCUUGAAACACUUGAAAACAAGCAGUCAUACACGAGUUGGGAUUUUGAACAAUCCUUCAUCAAAAAUAACGGAAGAUAACACAGCCAUUGCAAGAGGAAUUUUGGCUGGUUUUCUGACCCAAAACAACAGCAACUUAAAAAGUUUCCUAAGUAAACUCAGUAAGGAAGAGACAGCAAAAUCCCUUGCUGCUGGAACUAAAAUUGCUAAAUUCCUCAUCCCAGGAAUGGAUGAUGAUACUUUUGAGAAGAAGUACAACACUUUAGGACUGGAUUUAAUUAAAACCCACCAGAUGUUCUGCCAGGAGGUUCUUAAGCUGCUUCCUGGGCAAAUGGCUGUUAUCAGCAAUGGCAGGGUACUGGGUCCUUUAGAUGAAAAUAAAUUCUAUGCAGAAGACUUUAAUUUGUUGGAAAAAGUAACAUACAGUACCUCAGCGGAGAAGAUUAAAGCUAUUGUCAAAGAGAUCGGAAACAGCAGUAAAAGUGGCAGUGAUUUGAUUAUGAAAAUAGAUGCCCUACUGUCAUCUUUGCCUAAAACAGAGAUGAGACAAGAUGCUAAAUUACUCAAAGAACAGUACAGCAUAGUGAAAGUCGAUCCCCAACAGAACGAACCAUUCUAUGAUGUUAUUGCUAUUGUGGAUCCAUUGACAAGAGAAGCACAGAAGAUGGCUCAUUUAUUGAUUGUACUCAAAGACAUUAUCAAUAUGAAACUCAGGUUGUUUUUGAACUGCAGACCUAAGCUGUCAGAAGCGCCACUGAAGAGCUUCUAUCGUUUUGUUCUGGAACCAGAAUUAACUUAUGGGAUCAACAAGCACCUUCCUUCUGAACCUGUGGCAAAAUUCCUAGAAUUGCCAGAAUCAUCCCUUUUAACUCUAAACAUGAUCACUCCUGAAAACUGGUUGGUUGAAGCAGUGAACAGUUCCUGUGAUCUUGAUAACAUUCAUUUACAGGAUGUAAAAGGGACAGUUAUAGCAGAAUAUGAACUAGAAUAUAUAUUGCUUGAAGGACAUUGCUUUGAUGUGACAACUGGACAACCUCCUCGAGGGUUACAGUUCACUCUGGGCACAAAGAAUAAUCCUGUCAUGGUUGAUACUAUCGUGAUGGCCAACCUAGGGUAUUUUCAGCUGAAAGCAAAUCCAGGUGCUUGGACACUGAGGUUGCGUAAAGGAAGAUCCAAAGAGAUUUAUCAGGUUUUUUCCCAUGAAGGAACAGAUUCUGUAGCUGACCUGACAGAUGUUAUCGUGGUAUUAAACAGCUUCAGAAGCAAAAUUAUCAAAGUCCAAGUACGGAAAAAGCCUGAUAAAAUGAACGAAGAUCUCCUUACUGAUGGAACAACAGGAGAAAAAGGAAAUCGAGAAUCAGUUACAAGAUUUUCAGAAGAAAUUCCAACAAAAAAGGAGGAAAAGAAAAGCGAUACUCUUAACAUUUUUUCCGUUGCUUCAGGCCAUUUAUAUGAACGUUUUUUAAGAAUUAUGAUGCUUUCUGUCCUACGUCAUACAAAAACACCAGUUAAAUUUUGGUUUCUGAAAAACUAUCUCUCCCCAAUAUUUAAGGACGUUAUUCCUCACAUGGCUAAAAAGUAUGGUUUCGAGUAUGAGUUAGUACAGUAUAAGUGGCCCCGCUGGCUUUAUCAACAGACAGAAAAACAAAGAAUUAUCUGGGGCUACAAAAUUCUUUUUUUGGAUGUUCUUUUCCCUUUGGCUGUGGAUAAAAUAAUAUUUGUCGAUGCUGACCAGAUUGUGAGAACUGACCUAAAAGAACUCAGAGAUCUAGAUCUAAAUGGAGCUCCCUAUGGGUACACACCUUUCUGUGACAGCCGUAAAGAAAUGGAUGGAUACCGUUUCUGGAAAUCGGGAUACUGGGCAUCACAUCUUGGGAAAAGGAAAUACCAUAUUAGUGCCUUAUAUGUUGUGGAUCUUAAGAAGUUCAGAAAGAUUGCAGCUGGAGAUAGGCUUCGGGGCCAGUACCAGGCUCUUAGUCAAGAUCCAAACAGUCUCUCAAAUCUGGAUCAGGAUCUUCCCAAUAAUAUGAUUCAUCAAGUAGCUAUUAAGUCUCUCCCUCAGGAAUGGCUUUGGUGUGAAACCUGGUGUGAUGAUGAGUCCAAGAAAAAGGCUAAAACAAUAGACUUGUGCAACAAUCCCCAAACCAAAGAACCAAAAUUAAAGGCUGCUGCCCGGAUAGUUCCUGAAUGGGUUGACUAUGACUCUGAGAUACGAAAGUUAAUACAACAAAUUGAAAGAGAGAAGAAAAAUCUAACGUCGUUCUUUCAAAAAGGUCUUAAGCACGAUGAACUUUAGCACAGCCUGUAAACAGCAAUGGUGACAGCUCAAUAGUCUUCUGCAAGUGAAUGGAGUUACGAAUGUUACAUUGGACACUAUUUGUAACAUUCUUUAAUGUGAAGUCAAAUAUUUUAUAACUUGUAGUGUUAUUUAAAAUGUUUUAAGUGAAAUACAAAAGCAGAGGAGAAAUGCACAGGUACUUGAUUUUUUUU